ACUCUCAACGUACUUUAUCCUUAUUCCCUGCCACCCCUUUUGAAUUCUUCUUCUGUUUUUUAACUGAUGUUGCUGGUAGUGGUAGUUAUUGUUGUUUUUAUUGUUGAAAAUGUGACCCUCUGCUGAGUUCCUCCAUCCUGUGAAAGAAGAACUUUUAUGCUUCUCAUUUUAUUAACCUACCUAUAUCGAACCUAUACUUUUGAUGCCCUCCGACUCAAGCCCCCCAUCGACACCUUGCAACGCCGAGGGCGCACCUGAUUAGAACUUUUUACUUUCUGAGACGGCCGCCGGCGAAAUCCAUCAUCUCAGCGACAGACGAACCACACCUGACGAGAAGUGAGAAAGCGACAUGGCCCCUAGUCCCAGACGGUGCUAUGCUACGGAACAUGUGAGGUGGUGGGAAAGAAGUGAGGUCAUCCAGAUCGCCAAGGAAGCGCUGGAGCAACAUAGGAGGGAGAAGAUGCAGUGUACAAGUACGCAUGACUGGUUUUUGGCAUUUUGCAUUUGCAUGUGCAGACACUCUGGGUAUUGCGUGAUGACACCGGGGGACGCCUGUACUCGGCUUCGCUUGAAAGGAGUACCGUGAUAAUAUCUGGGCCAUCCCAGAUAACGGCAGGGGCCGCCAGAUACUGCACUGUACAGACCACACCAACAAGAACUCUGAAGGGAGAAUUAUCGCAGACUCACACGAUGGCCAUACGGGUAGAGCCAAGAGAGUUUGGCUAGAAAACGUCGUUAUCAAUCCGGGUAGCCAAAGAGAGAGAUCACAGUACAAGUACUCCGUACAGUACCAUUGCGAUAAGAAGAGAUGAGAAGAGAUCGCGAGGUCCCUGUUUGCCACCCACUGGUCAAUUCUUGGCCCUUGUCGCCGACACACCACCCAGGACGAGUAUUCAGGACACGGUCGACAGCAAGGUUUCCGCGGUGCUGCCAGCUUACAGGGAACAUCCCGUGUCAAUCCUGCUCGCAAGUGGAAGGGAUUCGCCGUCACCCUCCCAGUCAACAACGUGGUCUCGGCUUGUGUCGUUUCGAGAAUCGACAGGGCAGGUUCUGGACAAAGUGGCGAUCCAUACGACGAUCGCUGGCGUCAUUGUGGUCGCAUUUUGGCUGAAGUCUUUUCCGUGCGCAUCGGCCGGUUGAGGGAUGGGCAGAAUAAUGUGUGUUACUGUACUAUAGAACUCCGUAAAGGCGGCUGGAAGUGGGAAAGGUGGACUUGGGGGGGAAGGUCAGUGCUCACAACAAUACGAGAUAUUGGUUGCGACACCAGCAUCCAUCAUCAUCGCAGCUGGUGUCGAGUCCCAGCCAAGUCGUAUACGGAGUAAUGCAAUCCAACCACCGCCCCAGGCCAAUCGCGAGUAUUGCACUCACUAGUCCGAGGCCACCGCUGGGGAAUCUUCCAGAGCGGCCUUAUCAGGCUGUCCAGGCUUCUCUACGAGUACCUAAAGCAGGCCCUCUGAAUCGCCCCUUCGGCCUGCAUCUUCCGAUCUGAGCCCCGCCUAAAUUUGAAGCAGGCCAGCCGCCGGUAAUGCUGUUAUUUUGGAUUCUGAAACGAGGGCAAGGCCUUGUUUAUGGCUGAUGAUGCUACUUUUGUCAUGGCGAAGCAUCGACGAGACAGAUGUGAUGCUUCGGUCACUGGUCGGUGUCUAGUCACUCAGCACUGGCAUGCAUCUCCUCCGAACUGCCGCACAAUAAUGUGCUUUAUGCUUUGAGGCAGUCUUUCUGGCGCCAACAAUACUUCAUACCAAAGAACAAUAGCGGCUCGGGCGGCACAGAUUGGUGUCUCUCGAUUCGCCUUGUCCCUCGCCCCGGUUUUCUGGCUAAAUGAGCUGCAAAUCAUGGUGAAGGUUGGCGAGAAAACCAUCCCGCGCUUUCCCGCUGCUGGUGACGCCCCAGUGUCCCAACUGCGCGACACCGCAGCCACUCAACGCACUUCGCAGUGCCGAAGUACCAAUCGAGAGUGUCCUUGCGCACCACCGGCCACUACCACUCUUCUGACUAUGCCCAAUUCCCUCACCACUUCACCCUCUGUACGAGAGGCUCUCGGCCCGUUCGUUACUUCGCCCUCAGUCGGAGUCCGCCUGGGCUUCUUCCUCUAGGGCCUUUCAACAAGUAAAAAGGAACCCACCAGGACCGCAGGACCAGCACCAGGACCCGCAUCCCGCAUCAGACCUCUGUUUCUGUUGUGUCGCAAUUUCAUUCAUAUUCCUCCCACGGAAUCCCUUCCUUGACUCCCACGACCAACAUUCCGCACUCCCCUCUCUGACCAUCUUUCGCAAACUUCUUAGGUGAUCAUACGACAAUAUUGCCCUUCAUGCAGGGCCUCAAACGUUUACAAGAAGCCAUCGAACGGCACCGUGAGAACAAAGACAUCAACAUCAAAUACAAAACACCCCUCACCAGUAAGUGAUUGUGGGCAAAACCCGCCGCUCCCUCUCUCCCUCUCCCUCUCUCUGCGCUCUUCUACUCCGCAUUUCGCUGACGAUUCUCCUCCUGCAGUUCGCAACGUAAACACCUUUACCGACGAGCAAGCCAUUGACGAUGCCUGUAACCCAAUUCGCUGUGACCGACACGUACGAAUAUCUGAAUGGGUUCGGGGGGUACAAAGAGAGUGAAGCUGUAGAAGGGGCCUUGCCGUUGGCGGCCAAUUCUCCUCAAAAAUGUCCGCUCGGCCUAUACAAUGAGAAGUUGUCGGGGACCGCUUUCACCGCGCCGCGCGACGAUAACCUACAGACCUGGCUCUAUCGAAUCCUCCCCUCGGCCAGCCACCAGAACUUCCAGCCUGUGCCAGAGUCGUCCCCGAACUCCCUCACAUCCACCACACCCAGCUUCGGCAAGCAUUUCAAUGCCAUCCCCAAUCAGCUGCGAUGGGAUCCUUUCGAUUUCGACAAGGAGGCAUCCUGGAUCCAUUCCUUGCAUCUCGUGGCCGGCGCAGGAGACCCCACGAUGAAACAAGGCCUCGGCAUCUACAUCUACGCCGCUGGUUCCACCAUGCCUGACAAAACGGCCUUUUACAGCGCCGAUGGAGACUUCCUCAUUGUGCCACAGCAUGGCGUCCUUGACAUCCGGACCGAGAUGGGUAAGAUGCUGGUCCGACCGAACGAAAUCUGCGUCAUACCGCGAGGUAUUCGUUACCACGUUGCACUGCAUGGCAACGAGCCGGUGCGGGGAUACAUCUUGGAAUUAUACCAGGGCCAUUUCAAAUUGCCUGAAUUAGGUCCAAUCGGUUCGAAUGGAUUGGCAAAUGCACGCGACUUCCAGACUCCCGUGGCCGACUUCAUUGAAGACUAUGAGAACACCGAAUGGACACUCUACGGUAAAUUCGGAGGCAACUUGUUCGCAGCCAAGCAGUCGCACACUCCCUUCGACAUUGUCGGCUGGCACGGCACGUACUACCCUUACAAAUAUGACCUGGGCCGAUUCAACCCUGUCGGCAGCAUCUCUUACGACCACCCUGAUCCUUCCAUCUUCACCGUCCUCACCGCACCCUCCAUCCCUCAUGGAGCAGGUACCGCAGUGGCGGACUUUGUCAUCUUCCCACCGCGCUGGUUGGUGGCUGAGAAGACAUUCCGACCCCCAUGGUAUCAUCGCAACACCAUGUCCGAGUUUAUGGGCCUAAUCAUGGGCAACUAUGAUGCCAAAGGGGCUGGCAAGGGUGGGUUCCAGCCGGCUGGAGCUAGUUUACAUAAUACGAUGAGUGGGCAUGGACCGGACAUGCAGACGUUCGAGAAGGCAUCGACGAUGGACCUACCUCCGACUAAAGUUGGGGAAGGCAGUAUGGCGUUUAUGUUUGAGAGUUGUUUGAUGGUUGGCGUCACCGAAUGGGGGUUGAAGACUUGCCAGAAAGUGCAAGAGACAUACAAUGCUCACUCCUGGGAACCUUUGAAAGUCCAUUUCAAGAGACCAGAGUCGUCGCGAGGUCUCAGCGAUGGCGAAAAGAAGAACGGAGUUGGUGAUGCCAAAGACCUGAGCAGUGUUCACGAUAUCAGGGGCAAAUAAAAUAAUGACGGCGAAAGACACGCUGAAUUGACUUGUCUAUACGCGUUAUACCUAUUUAUAUUAUAAUAUAAAAGUGUUGAUGCUUGAAGGAGUGCAUCAUUCGUGCUCUACGAUUCUAG